AUGGGACUGCUGCGCGGCUCCGCCGGGCUGGCCUUGAUCGCCCUGUGCCGCCACGCCGCGCUCGCCGCGGGCGCCGAGGCGUCGAUUUCCGGCACGCAGAAGGUCAUCCAAAUGUUGACGGACAUGGCGGCGAAGGCGAAGGCGGAGAAGGCCGAGGAGGAAGUCACCUUUUCAAAGUUCAAGACGUGGUGCACAGAGGAAGUCAGGAAGACGACGGCGGAGAUCGCACAGAAUUCCGCUGACAUCGAGUCCCUCACUGCGGAGAUUGGAGCGCUCAAAGCGGCCGCCGCGGAGCUGGAGAGGGACAUCGCUCAGCUCAACCGCGACGUUACCAGGUACGAUGCCGACAUGGAGAAGGAAACCGCGGAGCGCAAGAAGGAGCACGAGGCGUUCGUCGCCGAGGACCCCUCGGCGGUCGUCGACGCGCUCGGGCGCGCCAUCGCGGCGCUGAAGGCCCAGGACGUCGACCGCACAGGCGCGUCCUCGGCCCUGGUGGAGCUGGGGAAUAACCCGAAGCUGCCCUCGAAGGUCAAGUCGGUGGUCUCCGCAUUCGUGGCUAUGGUGAGCAACAACAGUGAUCCCAGCAACCUGGACUACAAGGCUCCAGAGGCUUACGGGUAUGAGUUCCAGUCGGGGAGCAUUGUUGACAUGCUCAAGAAGCUGGAGGACGAGUUCAGGACCAAGCUCGGGGAGUGCCAGAAGGAGGAGAUGAACUCGGCGCACGCGUUCAGCAUGGUCAUGCUCGACCUGAAGGACUCCAAGGAGAACGCCCUGACGGACAUCAAGGACAAGACGGCCCAGAUGCAGCGCAAGCUUGCCAAGGCUGGCGCUAGCAGCAAGCAGCUGGCCGCCACGGAGUCCAUGAAGGAUGCCAACGAGAAGGAACUCAAGGACAUGCAGGCCGAGUGCUUUGAGAAGGACCUGUCUUACCAGGAGAAGCAGAAGCUCCGCGCUGAGGAGAUCGAAGCGAUCGAGAAGGCGGUGGAGAUCCUUUCGUCGCCGGAGGUCGCCGGCGCGGCGGAGAAGUACCUGACCCUGGCGCAGAGCAAGAAGAACGGUGCCGCCUUCGUCCAGGCGGACUCGCGCUCCAGCGCUCAGUCGCGGGAGCUGGGCAUCCGCAGGAGGGUCCGCGACUUUCUCCAGCAGGAGGGCCACAGGCUGAAGAGCAAGGGGCUGUCGGCCCUGGCGGACAAGAUCGCGGCCAUGCCGCGCCACGUGCCUCCGCCGUCGGCGGGGGCGGCGGAUCGACGGGAUGAUCACGCGUCUCCUGGAGGAGGCGAAGGAGGACGCGGACCACGAGGGGUUCUGCGACACGGAGAUGGGCAAGAGCAAGGUGACCCGCACGCGCCUCAGCGAGGAGAUCGACGCGCUCGAGGCCGCGGUCGAGGCCGGGAAGGCCACGAUCAUGGGGCUGGCGAGCGACACGGAGGCUCUCACGAAGGAGGUCGCGGAGCUGAAGUCCGCCAUGGCAGAGGCCACGGAAUUCCGCGAGAAGGAGAAGAAGACUAA